AAAUGCUUGACCGGUGGAUUUGCGAGGUUGUUUUUUGAAAGCUUAUUUAGGUGUUCGAGGUUCCCACUUUUGAUUGCUCUCUUUCCUUAUUCUCCGAUCCAGUUACCUGCAUCCUUUUUGUCUCUGCGCUUUUUGGUUCGUCGAUACCGUCUACAUAUUUUCUAAUAUUGCAACCUUGCCUAAUCUAUAAUACAUCCUCAAACAAAAAGCGAGGAGUCAUGGCCUUCGAACUAUACUCCCACAACCGGGGUUCCAAGAUCAUGCUCGUGAUCGCAUUCCUGGUUGUACUUCUGUGGGCUCUGCUGCUGGUCGAGAUUGGCCUUGGGAAAAAAGACGAAGAAAAAUACCUUAAGUAUUGGAACAAUCCAAACAGAGACACCAACAAUAGACCCGCGUAUCCAGAUUGGAGAUGGGGGAAAGAGGAUUACAACGGAGUAGAACAAUUGUUUUCGGUCGGAUCUGUCCUCAUCUUAGAGAUCCCACAUCUCACGAUUCAUCACAUCCUCCUCUACACUCAAUGCAUGCACCCCGUCGGCGCGCUCUGUACCAGCCUCAUCAUGGGAUGCUGCUGGUUCGUCAACGGGUUCUUCGGCGUGCUGCAGUGGCUGAGCAACCUUGAGGAUUGGUCGAAUGAUAUCAAGUCCACGGACAACUUGCAAACGGCGAAUGCGGGGCUUUCGUUCGCGUUGGUGCUGGCCUACUGGGUAUAUAUGGGGUUUUCGGCCAGUGAUGUGCAUAAGUGGAGGAAGGAGAAGAAGAUUCUGAGGCAGCAGGCGAGAGCUCAGGCUAGAGAAUUGGAGUCGGUGGCUGUGGGGAUAGAUGAGGAGAGGAAGAAUGGGAAUUGAAGUAAUGACGGAACGAAAGGAUACAGAUCUGGGACUAAUGACCAUACUUACGUGAAGGAGAGCUGAUAAUGUUUAAUGACAAGGGCAGCAACU